AUGCAGGAUCAUGAUGGCCUGAAAAAGGACACGCCCACGAAGCCACCACCCAAAUAUAGCAUCUUCGAUGUUCCCGCACCGUUGAGACAACUCUUUGCACGCUACCCAUUGCUCACAUACGAUGCGAACGAGCUGCCAUUGGAUUCUCCACGUCGAAGAGAUGAGCACACCCUUCAUAUCUUCACGACUGAAGAGGAUGCAAAGAAUGGAAGGCCAAGCUACAAUCCCAGCUGUUUGAAGUGGCAGACCUUUCUCCAAUUCUCUGGUCUGUCAUUUCGGCUUGUGAAAUCGAACAACCAUGCCUCUCCUUCAGGAGCUCUACCGUUUCUACAACCUGCCGUGAAAGGCACAGAUUUGCUGGACCCAGUCCCGAGUAACAGACUCAAGAAGUGGCUGGCAGCGCAACGACCUGGACAGAAAGCAGCAGAUGCAGACGAAGACAUUCGAUACGAAGCCUAUGCUUCACUAUUAGAUAAUCGUGUUCGCAAAGCAUGGCUGUACCAACUCUAUCUUUGCCGCGCAAACACCGCCUUGAUGCACCGCCUCUACGUCGCACCUUGUUCAUCCAACUUCCUGGUUCAAUAUGCCAUCUCAUCGCAGCUACGAUCAGCAGCCGAAACCGAGCUGGUUAAAUCCUCCGGUACGACCGUGGUCUCGGCCAAGGAUUUGAUUCGCGAUGCAGAGGAUGCAUUCGAGGCGCUCUCGACUCUGCUGGGUGGGGAUGAGUGGUUUUUCGGGAAGCAAAAGCCUGAACUGUUCGACGCAAGCGUGUUUGCCUAUACCCAGUUGGUGCUGGAUGAGAAGCUUGGGUGGGAGGAGAAUCCGCUUGGGGAUGUGCUGAAGGAGAAGCAUGGAAACCUUGUCAGGCAUCGAGAGAGGAUCGCGGGAGAGUACUACUAG